GCUGCCCCAAAGACUUCGUGGUUCACGCUCGAUGUCUUUUCAGCUAUACGCCCUAAGCCGCUGGAGAGCAUCAGGGCAGGCUUGGCUCAACGCGGUGUAUCGGUUGGAGGUGACAGCGGACCUGGGCGGAGUCACCACGCGUUGGCGCACCGACUGCAUCAAGUAUCCGAAGUCCAACAAGAAGGCCCGUGACUGGGCGGCCGAAGCGGCCCUCGCUGCUGUCUGGCGACCAUCUCAUUGUGACCGCUAUGCCACACUCUCGAAAGACACGAGCAAAUUCGGACCGGCGCCUCCAAGAUUCAAACGGCCACGAGACUGCUGUCCUGCCACACACCACCUGCAAAGCGUGCUGCACCUGCAGGGGCAUGAGAUGAUGGCAACAUACAAGGCGCGCGUGGAGCAAGGCCAGCUGGAGUUUGCUGACAUGCAUGUGCGGGACCUCUCCACCGCGAUGUUGAAUGCGGCGGUAGAAGUGGACAAACAUGAGUAUGUCUGGCGAACUGCAUUCCUCAAGCGCCAGAGCAACAGGGGUGUGCGAAGGGCAGAGGCUCUGCGCAAGCUCGCAAAGCAUAGAUCGCAGCUGGAGAAGGCAGCCUUGGCGGCCACUGCGUGCAAGGCAGGCUGGGAGAAAGGAGUCGAGUACUUCCGCGCCGUUGUGAAGGAGUGCCAACUUCCACGCGGUGUACAACGCAGGGCUUACGGGCGCCGAGGCGGUAGAUGCGCAAGAGAAAUGCAAGUCGCACCGUAAGCCGGCUCCAUCCGAAUACAUUAACCCCAAGUAACUUAUGCUAAGAGUCGGCGAUGUGCUGUAUGUAGGAGACUAGUAUUUUGGCAAUCGUAAAACGUAGUGCGAGGGAGUGUUAUCGAGUGUAAAUACAGGGUUUUCCCAACGAUGAAGCGAAAACAACGAAAUGUCAAGCGUUGAACGAUAUAUGUUUUGCGACCAGAAAAGGGGGGUACAAUCUCUUGUGCCCCCCUUCAAAUGUGCAUAUCUAUCUACUUGUUGAGUAUUUUUUUUUUUUUGAGGGCGCCAUCGCGUUCGCCUGCUCAAACCCCGCCGAUAUCAACCAAGAACAAAAAAAAACGGCAUGAUUACGAUAGUGGUUAUCGAGAUAUUGGACGAAAAGUUUCAUCCCCUCCCUCCCCAAAACGCCUGGAAAAACCUAUACGAAAACCACGAAUUCUCAGAAACGUCUCAAAUCGAUUUUUUUGUCCCUGAACAACUCUUGUGGCAUUUGGGAUGGACAUCAAUACUAAAAAAAAAAUACUAUUGAUGAAGUUAUGGCCGGUCGAUUGAAAUCCGCGGGACAACCGGUGGAACUGUAGCAUCGACCCCGCGAACCGGCUGACCAAUUAAAAGACGUCAGUGCCAGAGCGUAAAAAUCAAGGUCCCUGAAAAGAAGGGGCCAAAAUUCGAAAAAUGCUCAAAUGCGCUUGAUGUGAAUGCCAAUACGACUCUCUCUACAUGUUCUUCCACGUAGACACAGAGAGUGCCAAGGACCCGGAGGUGUGGCACAACAAGGUCGAGGACGGGGCGGCAUGGUUCAUGAGGAAAUAGCACAGGCAGGAGGCGGAAGCGUCCGCGAAGCGCCAGCGCGCGAGGGAAGCACAAGCAGAGAGUACGACCAUCUCAGGACCGAAGAGAAAGAGAACCGGCGAAGCGGCGGUGGGGGGGAAGAAAUGGCGACCGGGCACUGCUUUAGAAGCGAGUAGGGCGGCCGAGGCAGCGCUUGUGGCGAACCAUGUACCCGGCUGAUGUUGAUGCGCCCUGUUUCCCUCCCUACUGUAUGCUAUACUCCUUCAUGUAUGUCCUUUGUAUUGCCUUCGGCCUCUGUGCUGUGUUUCUUUUUUUCAUGACCUCCCUGCCUACUCUGCUGUGUUGGGUACCUUGAUCUCGCUUUGCUGUUGCCUUUGUUUUUGUACAUCUGGCUGUCUGCCCAUCUGCCGCCUCUUUGCCCUGUUUGCUCCGUUACUCCCAUGCCCUGGUGCGUGGUGCCUGGUGCUGGUACGUUACCCUUUGAUUUUUUCUUUGGGCGGGUGUGGGAAGCGUCCUCCUUUAUUUUUGUUUUGUUUUAUUUUGAUCGGUGUCCGAGGGCUCUUUUCUCGAACGGUCGGUGCGAUACCUGUUCUUCUCUUU